UCCUCUCCCAACGACAAUAUCUUUGGGAAGGCGAGCCAUGGCCAAGGGGAGCACAUAGUCAGAACACCGCAGAGCAAGUGUGUGUCCUGCCUCGCGUGAAAGAUAAGCGGCGCUCUGCUCUGCUCGCCGAGGAGAGAGAGAAGAGAGAGAGAGAGAGCUAGAGAUGGCGGCGGCCUCAGCGGCGGCGCAGGCGGAGGGAACGGUGAUCGCGAUCCACAGCCUCGACGAGUGGACCAUCCAGAUCGAGGAGGCCAACAGCGCCAAGAAGCUGGUUGUGAUUGACUUCACUGCAUCAUGGUGCGGACCAUGCCGCAUCAUUGCUCCAGUUUUUGCCGAUCUAGCAAAGAAGCACACAAAUGCUGUUUUUCUGAAGGUUGACGUCGAUGAACUGAAGCCUAUUGCUGAGCAAUUCAGUGUUGAGGCUAUGCCAACAUUCCUGUUUAUGAAGGAGGGAGAUGUUAAAGACAGGGUUGUCGGUGCUAUGAAGGAUGAACUGGCGAGCAAGCUUGAGCUACAUAUGGCCAUGUAGUGUUAUAGUGGAUUAGUACUGAUAUCCUAAAUAAAACGGGCCUUCAGGCUCUGAAAGGAUUAGUGCCUCUGUCUGUGGUGGUUUUCAUAUGCUUCUAGUAUCAAGCAUUGUUCUUACCGUUGUCUAGUUCAUGGAUAAUGCCUUGCUUGAUCCAAGUUUGUGCUUUGAAUAUUCCAACAAAAUAAUAUAACCUGUGUUUUGCAUA